AUGAUUUAUAUGCAUACAUACAUAUUAUAUAAUGUCAUUAAUGUCAUACUACAAAUUAUUUAUGCAUCACUUCCCCACAUAAUCACCACCAAUAUGACAACUUCCCUCUCCAAAAUGCAAGCUCUUACCUUCAUUACAAACCAUAAUCUUUCAUUUCAAUAUGAAAGUUUAUCUUCUACAACUUCUUUAUCCCAAACCUACCCUUCGAAACGGUCGAAAGGCCGAAAUCUUACCACUAGACCAAGUACUGUUCAAGUUUUAUCUAGAACAAAUGAUGCAUUGACAUCAAGAAUAGUUGAACCUUGGAGAGAAACAGGACUAGAGAAAGGUAGAGAAGUGUUUGGGCCUGUGAUGGAGGAAAGUGGUGAAAAUGAGUUAGUGGAUCGUUGGAAGGAGAUUCAUGGGGAGGAUGAAUGGGUUGGGCUACUUGAUCCAAUGGAUUCUCUCCUACGGGCCGAGUUAAUCCGAUAUGGAGAAAUGGCCCAAGCCUGCUAUGAUGGGUUUGAUUUUGAUCCAUUUUCUAAGUAUUGUGGGAGUUGUAAGUACCCAAGACAUUCUUUCUUUAAGGGCCUAGAAAUGGAGGCCCAUGGAUAUGAGGUAACAAGGUACUUGUAUGCUACGUCCAAUAUUAACUUGCCCAACUUUUUUAAGAACUCAAGGUGGCCCAAGGUUUGGUCCAAGAAUGCUAAUUGGAUCGGUUAUGUGGCUGUAUCCAACGAUGAGAUGUCCAAGAGAUUGGGCCGUAGGGACAUCAUUAUUUCUUGGAGGGGUACGGUGACCCGGCUUGAAUGGGUCCAUGAUCUAAUGGACUUCCUUAGGCCCGUCUCUGACGAAAACAUCCCAUGCCCGGACCGGAGUGUCAAGGCCGAAUCCGGGUUCUUGGACCUCUAUACCGACAAGGACCCGAAUUGCAAAUAUUGCAAGUUCUCGGCCCGUGAACAAAUCUUAAGUGAGGUAAAACGUCUAUCAGAGUUGUUCCACAAUGAAGAAAUUAGUAUAAGUAUAACGGGCCAUAGUUUAGGUAGUGCCCUAGCAAUUUUGAGUGCUUAUGAUAUAGCUGAGACGGGUAUUCACGUGGGCCCGAGUACCCGAGAUAGGCCCAUUAGUGUCUUCUCUUUCUCGGGCCCACGGGUUGGUAAUGUGAGGUUCAAGGAGAGGUUAGAGGAGCUAGGGGUGAAAGUGCUUAGGGUGGUGAAUGUGCAUGAUAUGGUUCCUAAGGCACCAGGAUUAGUGUUUAAUGAACAUUUACCUUCAGAGUGGAUGAAAAUAGCUCAAGGGUUGCCUUGGAGUUAUUGUCAUGUAGGGGUUGAGCUUGCUUUGGACCACAAAAAUUCUCCAUUUAUUAAAGACACCAAUGAUCCAAGUUGUGCCCACAAUUUGGAAGCUCACUUGCAUCUACUUGAUGGGUAUCAUGGAAAAGGGAGAAGAUUUCACCUCACAAUUGGAAGGGACAUAGCAUUAGUGAACAAAGCAUGUGAUUUCUUGAAGGAUCACUACCAAAUCCCUCCUUUUUGGAGACAAGAUGAGAAUAGAGGAAUGGUUAGGAGUAAAGAUGGCCGUUGGAUUCAGGCUGAGCGUCCAAUUCUUGAUGAUCAUCCUGAAUAUACUCAUCAUCACCUUAGACAAUUAGGACUUUUUCAAAAUCACUAGUUAUAUGUUCACUUCUAUUAUCAUGUACAAAGUAUAAUAAACUGAAUUUACCAUGGAUUUGUAGGUCUCAAAUUUGUAAGCAUGAGAAAAAGAAUAUGUGAAUAAUUGUAAUUAGCACUUAUGGAUUUGUAGGUCUCAAAUUUGUAAGCAUGAGAAAAAGAAUAUGUGAAUAAUUGUAAUUA